CCCCCCCCCCCACCUCGCUCCCCCCAGGCUUUGCCCUCGCCGCGCGGCCACCUCGGGAUCGAGUCAUGGUGGCUGCACUGCUGGCGGCGUGGCUGCUCCUGGCUGCCGCGGCCGGUGCGCAGCGGGAGCAGGACUUCUAUGACUUCAAGGCUGUCAACAUCCGGGGCAAGUUGGUGUCACUGGAGAAGUACCGCGGGUCGGUGUCCCUGGUGGUGAACGUGGCCAGCGAGUGUGGCUUCACAGAGGAGCACUACCGGGCCCUGCAGCAGCUACAGCGGGACCUGGGGCCCCACCACUUCAAUGUGCUUGCCUUCCCCUGCAACCAGUUUGGCCAACAGGAGCCCGACAGCAACAAGGAGAUCGAGAGUUUUGCCCGCCGCACCUACAGUGUCUCCUUCCCCAUGUUUAGCAAGGUCGCAGUGACUGGCACUGGUGCCCAUCCUGCCUUCAAGUACCUGACCCAAACUUCUGGAAAGGAGCCCACUUGGAACUUCUGGAAGUACCUAGUGGCCCCAGAUGGAAAGGUGGUAGGGGCUUGGGACCCAACCGUGUCGGUGGAGGAGAUCAGACCCCAGAUCACCGCACUUGUGAGGAAGCUCAUCCUCAAGAAGCGAGAAGACUUAUAAGCCCUUUCCCUCCCCUCCCACUGACCCUCCCCCCCUCCCCCCACCUUCCGUGGGUAACCAGAGCAAAUGCAAAUGGUGCUUCAAAGGAAGAGACUGCGACUCUCCUCCAUCACACCCGCCCCAUCACUCCUGUGGGGGGAGAAUUCUAGUAUUUUGAUCACUUGAAUCUUAGAUCAACCUACAGGAACUCCUAGCCAAUGACAGCUCUUGACCAAUGAAUCACCAGCCAGUAAGAACUUCUAGUCCAUGAAAACGUGUGGCAAAUAGAAGUAUAUCGAACAAUAAUCUCCUGUCUAUUAAGAACUCGAUAAAACGGGGCCAAUUCCUACCUCACAGGGCUGUUGUGAGGAGUAAUGAAUGAGCUGUGAAUGUGCCUAGAGCAGUGACAGCUCGAGAGGAGGCAUUUAAUAAAUGUUUUUUUUGCAUAUAAACCAAUAAGUUGUGAUUAAUGAAAAUUAGCACCCAACAUGAAUUUCCAGCCAAUGAGAAUCCAAGCCAAACAUUUAUUUGUUGUUGUUUUCCUCUGUAUUAUCUUUUUAAUUACAAAAGUAAUUUAAAUUCAUUGUAGAUAAUGCAGGAUGUCAUGAUAAAAUGAAAAUGUACCCCUCAUUUUCUAUACUCUCAAUCCCUGGAGGUAAACAUUGUGAGUAAUUUGGUACAAAGUCUUCCAAGCCUUUUUUUCAUCAAGCCAAUCAUUAAGACUCAAUAGAAUUCACUGACCGAAAGAAAGUACCUAAAACAACAGUCAAAAGAUAUGAAUAGAUAAUUCACAGAAUAUAGAUGGAUAAUAAGGAUAUGAAAAGAUAGUCAACUUCAUUCAAGUUAGAAAGAUUUUUUAAAUGAUCCUACCCAUUGUUAAAGAUAUAGGGAAAUGGGAAUUAUAUAACGAUUGUUGGGACAAUAAACUGGCACAAGUUUUUGGAGUGAUUUAGCAUAUCUUUUAAAACAAGGUGUUCAUGGCUUAGUAGAUAGAGCAUUUGCCUGCAGACCAAAGGGUUCUGGGUUCGAUUCUGGUCAAGGGCAUGUACCUAUGUUGCGGGCUCCUCCCCUACCCAGCCCAGGCCCUGGUCAACGCUUGUGCAGGAGGCAACCCAUAGAUGUUUCUGUCUUUCCCUCUCUCUUCCACUCUGUCAUAAAAAAAAAAAAGGAAAAAUAUCCUCAGAUGAGAAUUAACAACAAAAAUAAAACCAAACAAACAAAAGAGUAUUCAUACCCUUUGAUCCAUUAUUUAUCCUUUUAGAAGAUUCCCAAACUAUGCAAAUAUAUAUGUACAAUAAUAUGUUCAUAAUAGUGGAAAUUGAAUGUAACCCUUGUGCCCAUCACAACUUAUUACCAACCCAUAAGUUAUGAUACAAAUCCAAAUGAUACAAUAAUAUAGUUACUAAAAUUAAUGAAUUAGAUUUCUAUAUGCUAUCACAAAAGUUGUCCAAAAGCGAAAAAAGGGCAAGUUGCAAAACAGAAUGAACACAUUCACACACACACAAAAAAAUCCAGUAUAAAGUAUAAUAUUUUUAUU